AUGGGGGGGCGGAUUUUUGGCCCGAAGGACGUGACUGAGCUACUGAACAACAACUACAAGAUCACAGACAGUUCCCAGCACACCAGCGCCAACUCUCCUACAUUGCACUAUUUCCAGAAAUCACAUCAGAAUAUAGGCUUUAGCGGGAAGCUGCGGUCUCUGGCUGUCACCCUGGAUGGUGAGACGGCCCGGUUGCAGCUAGCGCUGCAGAGAGAGGACAGCGGCUUUGAAGAUUGUCCAAUGAGAGCUUUCCAUGACCUUCACUCGGAAGUACAAACUCUAAAGGAUGAAGUCAAUAUUAUUCUUGAUAAAGCAGCUUGGAAAGUCAACAAAGCAUCGGUUUCAUAA